AUGGCCCAGCAGAGAGCCGUGCGGCUGUCCCCAAAGAAGCCCAGCUACGCCGUGUGUGCUGUGGGGGUCGAGACACACCUGGACGUUCACAGUGAUGUGCCCGAGGGCGCUGAGAACUUUGGGGUGUCUGGGAGCUCCGGGGUGAAGAUCUUCAUGGUCUAUGACCCAGCGCGGGUGACGGAGCCCACGGGCAGGGCCCACUGGCCCCUGGAUGCCAGCGUGGACGUGGUCAUAUCCGUGGAUGCGGCCAGUAAGGCUUUAAACGACCUCAAGGUGAAGAUCUCCUAUUUCGGGCAGCCGGUGGGCCGGGUCCUGGGCCACAGCGUGCUCUACCUCACGGGCGCCGACAUCUCCCUCGAUGCUGACACUGGCCGCACGGGCAAGGUGAAAAGGAGCCAAGGCCACAAGGAAAGCUGGCGCUGGGGCCCUGAGGGCUAUGGGGCCAUCCUGCUGGUGAACUGCGACCGGGACGGCCUCAGGUCCACGGGGACGGACCUCACCGACACCCAGCUGGCCUCGCAGGAUGACCUGCAGGACAUGUCCCCAGUGGUGCUGACCUGCGACGCCCCUGAUGCGCUCUUUGACACCUACAAGCUGGUCUUGAACACGCCGCUUUCUGAUUCCAAAAGAAUGCGGGUCUUCUGCGCCCGGGGCGGGAAUUCCCUCCUGGACUAUGAGCAGGUGCUGGGACCCCAGCACCCGUCGUACGAAGUGGCCCGUCAGCCUGGGGAGCGGAGGAUCCAGCUCUAUGUGGAGGGGCUCAGCUUUCCCGACGCUAACUUCCUGGGGCUGGUCUCCCUCAGCGUCAGCCUGGUAGACACCAAGACUCUGCCCGAGGUGCCCCUCUUCACAGACACCGUGGCCUUCCGGAUGGCCCCCUGGAUCAUGACCCCCAACACCCAGCCCCCCCUGGAGGUGUAUGUGUGCAGUGUCCUAGACUCUCACGGCUCGAACGCGAAGUUUCUGAGUGACAUGUCCGAUCUGGCGCUGAAGGCCAGCUGCAAGCUGAUGGUCUGCCCUUGGGUUGAGAACCGAAAUGACCGCUGGAUCCAGGAUGAGAUGGAGUUUGGCUACACUGAGGCCCCACACAAAGCCUUCCCCGUGGUCUUCGACUCCCCCCGAAACAGAGGCCUGAAGGAUUUCCCUUAUAAGAGGAUACUGGGUCCCGACUUUGGAUACGUAACCCGGGAAAUCCAGGUCGCCGGUGCCUCUGGCCUUGACUCCUUCGGCAACCUGGACGUCAGCCCGCCAGUCGUGGUGGAGGGCAAGGAGUAUCCCCUGGGCCGGAUCCUCAUCGGCAGCUGCCUCCCCAGGUCUGGCGGGCGGCGCAUGGCCAAGGUGGUGCGGGACUUCCUGGGUGCCCAGCAGGUGCAGGCGCCCGUGGAGGUCUAUUCUGACUGGCUCUCUGUGGGCCACGUGGACGAGUUCCUCAGCUUCGUGCCCACCUCCGACCAAAAGGGCUUCCGGCUUCUCCUGGCCAGCCCCAGUGCAUGCCUCAGGCUGUUCCAAGAGAAGAAAGAGGAGGGCUAUGGGGAAGCAGCCCAGUUUGACGGCUUACAGCACCAGGUAAAGAGAAGCAUUAACGAGAUGCUGGCAGACAGGCGUCUCAGGAACGACAACCUCUAUGCUCAGAGGUGCAUUGACUGGAACCGGGAGGUGCUGAAGCGGGAGCUGGGCCUCACUGAGCAGGACAUUGUGGACGUCCCACAGCUGUUCUCCCUGAACGGCGCCUACGCAGAAGCCUUCUUCCCCGACAUGGUGAACAUGGUGGUCUUAGGCAGGCACCUGGGCAUCCCCAAGCCCUUUGGGCCCAUCAUCAAUGGCCGCUGCUGCCUGGAGGAGGAGGUGCGGUCCCUGCUGGAGCCGCUGGGCCUCCGCUGUGUCUUCAUUGACGACUACUUAUCCUACCACAAGCUGCUCGGGGAGGUCCACUGCGGCACCAAUGUGCGCCGGAAGCCCUUCCCCUUCAAAUGGUGGCACGCGGUGCCCUGA